AUGGAGGACACCACGGGCUGCUGCAGGUGCUUGCGCAGCGAGGCCAGGCUUGAGAUGCGGAAGGGAGUGGAGCAGGGAGUGGAGCAGGGAGUGGAGCAGGGAGUGGAGCAGGGAGUGGAGCAGGGAGUGGAGCAGGGAGUGGAGCAGGGAGUGGAGCAGGGAGUGGAGCAGGGAGUGGAGCAGGGAGUGGAGCAGGGAGUGGAGCAGAGACUGGAGCAGAGACUGGAGCAGAGACUGGAGCAGAGACUGGAGCAGAGACUGGAGCAGAGACUGGAGCAGAGACUGGAGCAGAGACUGGAGCAGAGACUGGAGCAGAGACUGGAGCAGAGACUGGAGCAGAGACUGGAGCAGAGACUGGAGCAGAGACUGGAGCAGAGACUGGAGCAGAGACUGGAGCAGAGACUGGAGCAGAGACUGGAGCAGAGACUGGAGCAGAGACUGGAGCAGAGACUGGAGCAGAGACUGGAGCAGAGACUGGAGCAGAGACUGGAGCAGAGACUGGAGCAGAGACUGGAGCAGGGAGUGGAGCAGAGACUGGAGCAGAGACUGGAGCAGAGACUGGAGCAGAGACUGGAGCAGAGACUGGAGCAGAGACUGGAGCAGAGACUGGAGCAGAGACUGGAGCAGAGACUGGAGCAGAGACUGGAGCAGAGACUGGAGCAGAGACUGGAGCAGAGACUGGAGCAGAGACUGGAGCAGAGACUGGAGCAGAGACUGGAGCAGAGACUGGAGCAGAGACUGGAGCAGAGACUGGAGCAGAGACUGGAGCAGGGAGUGGAGCAGAGACUGGAGCAGAGACUGGAGCAGAGACUGGAGCAGAGACUGGAGCAGAGACUGGAGCAGAGACUGGAGCAGAGACUGGAGCAGAGACUGGAGCAGAGACUGGAGCAGAGACUGGAGCAGAGACUGGAGCAGAGACUGGAGCAGAGACUGGAGCAGAGACUGGAGCAGAGACUGGAGCAGAGACUGGAGCAGAGACUGGAGCAGAGACUGGAGCAGAGACUGGAGCAGAGACUGGAGCAGAGACUGGAGCAGAGACUGGAGCAGAGACUGGAGCAGAGACUGGAGCAGAGAGUGGAGCAGAGAGUGGAGCAGAGACUGGAGCAGAGAGUGGAGCAGGGAGUGGAGCAGGGAGUGGAGCAGAGACUGGAGCAGAGACUGGAGCAGAGACUGGAGCAGAGACUGGAGCAGAGACUGGAGCAGAGACUGGAGCAGAGACUGGAGCAGAGACUGGAGCAGAGACUGGAGCAGGGGAAGGUAAACUCUCGAGUUGGGAGUUCACGACAGAAUCGCUGUGCUGCUCGUGGUGAUGCCCCUGCCGUCAAUGCUGCUCGUGGCGUUGUCAAGCUCCCGUCGCGCCCAUUGCUCUCGUCGCGCCCAUUGCUCUCGUCGCUUCUAUCGUUCCCGUUGCUCCCGUCCCUUCCGUCCCUCCCGUCCCUCCCUUCUCUCUCUUCCCUUCGGUCCCUCCUGUCCCUCUCCGCCUCUCGCCUCCCUACACUGUUCUACCCUCCGCCCAGUUCACCCCCUUCCCUCCACGCAGUUCCCCCCUUCCCUCCGCGCAGUCCCCCUCCUUCCCUCCGCGCAGCCGCCCCUUCCCUCCCCGUAGUUCCCCCCCUUCCUUCCGCGGAGUUCCCCCCCUUCCCUCCGCGCAGUCCCCCCUUCCCUCCGCGCAUUUUUCCCCCUUCCCUACGCGCAUUUUCCCCCCUUCCCUACGCGCAUUCCCCCCCCUUCCCUACGUGCAGUUUCCAACCUUCCCUACAUUUUCCCCUCGUGGCUCGUUACGCCUUCGCUCAGUCAAAAUCCACGGAAACAUCUCCCGCUAGUGCUAGCUUACAACUUUUCAAGCCCAGCUAUUUUGGAAAAUCUGCCACUGUAGGCGAGGGCUUUAAAACCGGAGUCCCAACAGCCCUAAUGGCCUCCCAACCCCACGUUAGAUAUGCACGUGUCCCUACUUCAGACUCCGACGCUGCUCCCGCCACAAACGCAUCUGCCGCUCCUCCGCCAACCGCGGGAAGAGCGCGAGGCUCCAACGACGCGGAUAUCCGCUUCGCCGGUCCGGACAUCCACAGGCGCGUCCCGAAGCGGUCGGUGCUGCUCGCGCUCUUCCUGCUGUUCCUGGGGUGCGCGUCGCUGGCCGUUUUCUACCUCAUGCAGACGGGCCAAGUGGAGGCUGGCGCGCAGCAGAAGUGGACGUGCCUCGCCAUCGCCUUCCUCACACUCAUGCCCGGCUUUUACGAGAGCCGCAUUGCAUACUACUCGUGGAGGCAAGCCCCGGGAUACUCCUAUUCACAAAUACCUCGCUACUAG